AUGGCCAAAUUCUUCCUCUCCCGACGAUGGCGCCCGAACAAAUGGCCUUUCUAUAUUCUCCUUGGUAUUGAAUUACCACUGACUGUUGCCUUACUCGCCCUCUUUGGCAUCGCUGCUCCAAAUCUUUACCGCAAGAAACUAUGGCAGGAUGGCGCAGACAAUGGCUUCAACUCAAGUCCUACCACUGGUCUUUAUGCCAUUGCAAAUUACAAACCCUACACCACUCCAAAGGUCUGGUCACAAUUUAUCACAAACUUCAAUGUGGUCAUUGCCGUUCUCUCCAUGUUCAUCAUGCUGGUCAAAUCCAUCAUGUAUGUGCUACACGUUUUCCCUCCCGUUCUAUCAGCCAUAGUUCACGCCAUCAUCAUCGCCCUGUAUUCGGUAUCCAUAGCCUAUCAGGCAAGCAGCGAUACCUCAGACCCUCUACAUCCUCAAAACGGCCCGCCAUGGUAUGUGACCAAAUCCUGCAGCGUCACACGUAACAAGAGUUUGGUCGGCUAUUGUCGACAAGCAAAAGCCAGUUUCGCAUGCACCUGCGCGGCCUUGGGCAUAUUUGGCAUAUACUUUAUCCUUGCCAUCUGGUCAUGCUUCCCCUCCAAAUCACAACGGGAAGAAUAUGAGGAGGCCAAGCGCCUACAAGCUGAAAAGUACGCCGGGCUCGAGAACAUCUCAGACCCCAAGAGCGGCAAAGCAAGUGUCAGAUAUCCUGUCCCAGAUACACCGGGCUUCCAGGGUGGCUUGAACCCUAUGACACCACGCACGCUUGCCUUCAACACCCUCGGAGGGACUAAAGACUUACCACUCAGGAGUCACUUCAGUACCCCUAAUGUACAGUCUACUUCGCCCACGUUCGCUCUGCGCAGCCCAGACAUCCCACGUAGCCCCAUGAGUCCAGGCUUUGUCAACCGUGCGGGCAUGGAGGACGAUGAUACCAUCGGCAAGGCGAUUGAAUUGAGCCCCACCUCGCCCGGCGCAGCUCCGAACCUCUAUUUCCCGCCACCUCCAAAGACGUCCAAGAAGUGA